UUCUUUAAUUAAUUUUAUUUAUUUUAGUACAUUUUUAGUUAUAAUAACUUCAAAUUAUUUUUUUUUAAUUUUCUUCAUUUUCUAAUGACUCUAUCCUCAACAACGCAAAAUGGAACCUCUUCACCUGAUUCUCAAGAACUGAUUAAAUGCCGUAUUCAAUUUGUUAACGAUAUAGACCCUUUUCGUUGUUCUUCAACAAAUGCCGGUCUUCACAGAGAGCCAAUAAAGCCCAUUCAAUGCAAUUUACAGCUACAUAGAUCUAUUUCUGAACAAUUACCUGAAUUAAUUAAAUUACUUAGAGCUCCACAUAAGAGUGGAGAUUGUUGCCUUCAAGUACAAUGUAGUGGAAUUAAAAAUGGAGAUGAAUUUGCUUCUUAUUUGGAUUCGGAAUUAACUUUAAGUGAACAAACUGAGGAAUUGGAAUUGUUGCAAAAUGAACCAAUCCAUACAACUUUAUUACUACGUCAACAACCAGCAUUACGAGUCAAGGCAAUAAUUGAGAAAUUACUUUACACUUCUGGACGAGAACAGAGAGGGGCUCUCUUUACUUUAAAGAGCCUUUUUCAGGAAGACAAGGACCUUGUACAUGCUUUUGUACAAAAUGGGGGCCUUGAAGCACUUGUUAAAUUGGGCCGUGGAAGUGAUCAAAACCAUCAAAAUCACAUUUUAAGAGCUUUGGGGCAGUUAAUGCUUUAUGUUGAUGGAAUGAAUGGAGUAAUUGCUCAUAAUGAUACAAUUUGUUGGUUAUAUGAAUUGCUAGAUUCUCCUUAUCGACUUGUUGUCAAAACAGCGUUAAAAUUGCUUUUAGUUUUUGUUGAAUAUACAGAACCUAAUUCUCUACUUUUUCUCGCGGCUAUUUCGAAAGUGGAAAGAGGAAAAAACCAACCAGAUUGGUGUAGCCUUAUGCGAAUUUUAAAUGAUGUUCAGGCCAGCGAUCACGAAACUCUCGUUUUUGGAAUGACUGUAAUAAAUAAAACUUUACAUGGAGUUCCAGAUCAAGAUACAUAUUUUGAUGCAAUUGAAGCUCUCGAAAGCCAAGGAAUGAAUGAUUCUUUGGCCACCCUUUGUAAAUUAAACAAUACUCAAUUAAGCCAACAAUGUGCUUUAUAUGAACAAGAAUUGAGAAGGGAAGAUGCCGCUAUUGAAAGUGAUACAUCUUCCUUAGGGGGAGGGGCUUCUAAUGGCGCGCAGAAUUGUGUGGCCAAAAUGAGAUUAAACGGAAAUGCUGUAGCCACUGAUCGUCGUAAUCAAAUGCGCAAAAAACAAUUAGAACACGAAGAAAUAAUGAUUCGUCAACAACAUAAUGCUAAAAAAAUAUUCAAUAAUAAAAUUGAAGAACAACAGCAAAAACUACAAGAAACACCAAAACACCAACAAAUAUUAACUAAUGGAACUAGUACUUUACACAAACAAAUAGUGGUGGAACCUUCAAAACAAAGAUUGGAAAUGAAUGCAACUUUGGAUGAAAUGUCUGAUAAAUUCCAGCAAAGUUUAAAUAUUGAAGCUAAAAAACAACAAAAAAUAUCAGAAAUGAAUGUCGUAAAACCUGAAAAGUUGGAAUUGGAAAAGGAAAAUAUUGAUGAGCCUUCAUCACCAGAAGAAACAAAACCUCCUCCCGUUAAAGCACCCCCUCCAAUGAUCCCAACAAAUAUAUUCUCUCCAACUGAACACAAAAGUAUGGACUUCCCUGAGCCUCCACCAGUUAAAGAAUUAACACCGCCUCCACCUGAGCCUUCUAAACCUAAAAAGGUAAUUAUUGCUGAUGAUGAUGAUGGAGGUGGUGGUGGAGGGUUUGCAGCAAUGCUUCAAAGAAGGGCAAAGAAAAUGGAGAGUGGAUCAAAUCUUCGAAAAUUGGUUGAACCAAAAGCUUCGGAAUCUGAACAAAAAUGGAAAGAAGCUGGGGAAAGACUUAAAGAGAAACCUAUGAUAAUUAACGAUCUAGACUUCUCAGAAUUUAUUUCUGAUUUUGAACAAGAUCCUCUUGUUUUAACUAAAAUGGCGCAAAUGGCACAGGAUAGGGGAUUGUUGCCUGGUGGCGGUGGAGCACCUCCUCCACCUCCACCAUUAGUUGGAGCACCUCCCCCACCACCUCCUCCAAUGGCUGGAGGCGUCCCUCCACCUCCACCAAUGGGCCUUCAAGCUCCAGGCUCAGGAAAUCGUUCACUUCGAGAGCCUUCUCCAGGCCCAUCUUCUUCUAAAAAUUCUUUGCUUAAAUUACAUUGGAAAGAAGCCCAGCACGAAGCCCCUCCAGUACCUGCUUUAAAAAGAAAAGGAACAUUUUGGUCAAAAGUAUCUGGACAACCAGCACAGAUUGAUACAACUAAGUUGGCUAGACUUUUUGAACAAAAACCGAAAGAAGUUGUUGUUAAGAAAACCGGAACAGAAUCAAAACCACAAAUGUUACAAGUAUUAUCAGUCAAACGUUCACAAGCUAUCAAUAUUGGAUUAACUAAAUUGCCCCCUGUUAAUGUCAUCCCAACAGCGAUUAGAAAAUUCGAUGCAACAGUUUUAAAUAAAGAAGGAAUUGAAAAAAUUCUUUCAACAAUGAUGCCAAGUUUAGAGGAAGUUGAAAGAAUUCGUGAAGCCCAAGCAGAACAGCCAGAUACUCCCCUCGGACCUGCUGAACAAUUUAUGCUUUCUUUGUCAGAAAUUGAUUGUUUAUUGGAAAGAUUACGUUUGUGGUUAUUUAUGUUGGAUUAUCAAAAUGUGGAGCAAGAGGUUGCUGAUGCCUUAAUGGAAUGGAAUAAUGCUAUGAAACAAGUGGAAGAAUCAAAAACUUUCCGUGCUGCAAUGGGAAUGCUUUUAGCCAUUGGAAAUGCUUUGAAUGGCACAGAUAUAAAAGCAUUUCAAUUGGAUUAUUUAUCUCGCGCUUCAGAAGUUAAAGAUCCAGUACAUAAAUACCCUUUAACACAUCAUUUGGCAGAAUACAUGAUUGAUCAUUAUACAGAGGGAAGUGAUAUGUAUUCUGAAUUGGGUUCUGUUUCUAGAAGUUCGAGAUUAGAUUUUGAAGCAUUCUUUGAUAAUUUAAAAAAGAUGGAACAAGAUUGCAAAAAUUGUUUUGAUUAUGUUGCUAAAAUCUCACAAAAAGAUAAUAAUAGUUCAAUGAAAAAGAAAGUUAAUGAUUUCCUUACUGAAGUAGCUGAACGUAUUCAUCGACUUAAACAUGUUCAGAGAACUACUGCACAUAGAUGGAAUGCUUUUCUACUUUAUUUUGGCUAUUCACCAAGUGAAGUUAAAGAUCAGAAACCUGUAAAUGUAUUUAAAAUGGUUAUUGAGUUUGCAUUAGAAUAUCGAACAGCUAGAGAUAAAAUAUUACAAACUCGUAAACGUUUAGCUGAUAAACGUGAAAGGAAUAAAACAAGGGGAAUGAUGAUUGGGGCUGCACAAAAUGUUGCUGGAAAUGUGAUAAAUAAACGGAGAGGGGCAAAGGAAGGGGGUGCUGAAUUAAUGACUGAUAAAGAGAGACACCAAGAAAUGUCUCGUUUAUUAACUGGCGGUGGAGGUUUAUCAAACGGUGAUGAAACUUUAACUCGAAAAAAAUUGGGAAAUACUAGACCAUCACAAAAGCCAAUUAAUGCUGCAGAAAUAGUUGGUGGGGAUGAUUAUAAUGAUGAAUUGCUUGAUGGAGUUGUUCGUACUGUGACGGCACAGACGGACACGCGUGAAGCUGGAAGGAGGAGGGCGAGAGUGUUACAUAGAAAAUCUCUUCGACGUACUCGAACAAUUCAACAAGAACAAUUGGUUGAUUUAAAUAAUGGUCACAAUGUUACCUUAAGUUAA